UUCUUUACCAGCCCAGGCUUUCCUAGCUCUGCACAGCGCCGUGUGCUGCUCCUGUUUCCUUGCCCUGUCGCGCAGUGUCGCUGCCGCUGCGGAGUGGGCGUUCAGUUUUCGGGUCAUCAUGGCUGGCUACGAAUACGUGAGCGCAGAGCAGCUGGCGGGCUUUGACAAGUACAAGUACAGCGCUUUGGAUACCAACCCGCUCUCUCUGUAUGUCAUGCAUCCGUUUUGGAACACUAUAGUGAAGGUGUUUCCUACUUGGCUGGCUCCCAAUCUUAUAACCUUUUCUGGCUUUAUGCUGCUUGUGUUCAAUUUCCUACUCCUGACAUACUUCGACCCUGACUUCUAUGCUUCAGCACCUGGUCAUAAGCAUGUGCCUGAUUGGGUUUGGAUUGUUGUGGGCAUCCUCAACUUUGUUGCCUACACUCUAGAUGGAGUGGAUGGAAAGCAGGCACGGAGAACCAACUCCAGCACCCCGUUAGGGGAGCUGUUUGACCACGGCCUGGACAGUUGGUCCUGUGUUUACUUUGUUGUGACUGUGUACUCCAUCUUUGGACGAGGACCGACUGGUGUCAGUGUUUUUGUUCUUUAUCUCCUGCUAUGGGUAGUCUUGUUUUCUUUUAUCCUGUCUCACUGGGAGAAGUAUAACACAGGCGUUCUUUUCCUGCCAUGGGGAUAUGACAUUAGCCAAGUGACUAUUUCUUUUGUCUACAUAGUGACUGCGGUUGUGGGAGUUGAGGCCUGGUAUGAACCUUUCCUGUUUAAUUUCUUAUAUAGAGACCUAUUCACUGCAAUGAUUAUUGGGUGUGCAUUAUGUGUGACUCUUCCAAUGAGUUUAUUAAACUUUUUUAGAAGCUAUAAAAGCGACAGACUGAAGCACAAGUCCAUCUAUGAAGCCAUGGUCCCCUUCUUCUCUCCGUGUCUGCUCUUCACCUUGUGUACAGUGUGGAUCCUUGGGUCACCUUCAGAUAUUUUAGAAAUACACCCUAGAAUAUUCUACUUCAUGGUUGGAACAGCUUUUGCCAAUAUCACAUGUAAGCUAAUCGUUUGCCAAAUGAGCAGCACACGGUGCCCGACUUUGAACUGGUUGCUACUUCCUCUCCUCUUGGUUGUGGCAGCAGUGAUCAUAGGUGCAGCCACCUCCCGCCUUGAGAGUGCUCUCCUUUACACACUUACGGCUGCCUUCACUCUGGCUCACAUCCAUUAUGGCGUACAAGUGGUGAAGCAGCUGAGCCGACAUUUUCAGAUUUAUCCUUUUUCAUUGAGAAAACCAAACUCAGAUUGACUAGGAAUGGAAGAACAGAAUAUCGGCCUGUAAUCUUGAGAAGGUACUAUAAAUAGAUGCGUGUAAAUACUUCCCCUAUCACCAGUGAACUGAACGGAUCAGCUCGACAGACAUGGGAUCUCAGUGUGUGCUAUAUGGACAGCAAGAAUGAAACGUGGGCUCAGCUUGUGGAAUUGUGGACUUUCUAACUCCCAGCUUAAUCUAUUUUAUUUUAUUUUUUUAUAGAACCAUGAGACAUUUGGUUAAGUACAGUGCACAUUAAACCAGCUCAAUGUUCCUAGCUUCACGAGUCCGUGACGGUUUGACUCAGAGUUAAAGAUGAUUUGCUUUGAUGUUUCAGGCCCCCAGGUUGAUUCAGGAACACUGAUAACAUUCAGAUAGCCACAGCACAUCUUAGUAUUUGAUACUUUAUGGUAGGUCUUUAGCUGUGGGACUGAUAGACAGCCCAAAUGUAAUGUAGAAAAGCAUCAAAAAAGUCUCUUCAGCCAGAGAUGCCAGUGACUCCAGAACAGGGUACAGUUGCCAAAUCCUGGUUGCUCUCCAGUGAACUGCCUUUCACCUGCUGUGGAGGCUGUCUAGUUUCCUAGCUCUCACUAUAACUAAAUCCUGAUGUAUGAUUUAAUUUUCUUUCAGAGUGGAGUUCUGCUGUUACUUAGAGUAGGGGAUGGGCUGUAAUUACAGCCGGCCGUUGUGGCAUAGCUCAUUCUCUAAUUGUGGCUGUUCCUCUGUCAGCAGUGCUUUGCUAGGCCUGGGUGCCUGUGAGCUGUGAUUUUUAAGAAUACAUGUGACCGCCCCAAUCUUGUGGUACUUACUUGUGAGAGGAAAUUUAAACUGGAGUUAGAAGUCUCAGAGCUCCAUAUCGGCCACGGUUAGCAUCCUGGCACUGUCUGUCCUGUCGCCUCUGCUUCCCUUCUCCCUGGGGGGUGAGUGAGCUACUGUGGUUUUUAUUCUCACACAGGAUAAAGCAAAGAGAUUGUCUCUCUCCCCUAACUUGCCCACCUCCCUAUUUGACGAAAACUUUUGAUAUAUAUGCCUUACUGAGUAUUUACUUCCCUUAGUAUGACUCAAAAUAAUUUUUGAGAUUUACUGACAACAUAAAAAAAAAUUCCUUUGCUAUAUUGUGGUUAUUUUAUAAAUCACACCUUUUUAUGAAUGUGGAGAUUUUUUUUUUUUCCUUUGGACUUUGUCUUUAUUUAGUUUGGUGGUGGUGAAAUUUACUUGCUGAUUUUAUUUUCCACUGAAUGAGGUUUGUGCUUAAAUGAAGAGUGUGUCUUAAACCCUUUUUUUUGGACAGGUUGCACUUGGAUAAAAUAGGCACCACUGUGUUGAUAUGUAAUUAAAUUCAUAACUAUUAUUUAUCUGUGAAUGUAACCAUCCUUAAAUAUUGUAGCUCAUUCCUUUGUUGAAUAUCUGUCUGCUGCUUUGUAAAAACACAAAAAAACAAAAACAAAACCAUUGAUAUGUCACGUAAAUAUUUUAGAAUUCUAAUCAUUGUCGUCCAGGCUGUUGAAGAUGAGCCCAGGGGCUUACGUGUAUCUGGAGACAUUCUCUGAGACAAAAAAUGAGAGCAAAAAUUGGCGAGAAGUUGAUGUGAAAAUGGGUAAUGAUUCUGUGCUUGUUAAUAAAUUGCCAUCAUGGAGGCUGGCAGGGGAGCCGGUUGUGCACCGUGUGCUCUGUGUAAGUUUGUUAGAAGGUCCUACUGUUUUCUUGACCUUGUACACAGUAAUAUUCAUUUGUAUAAAGGAAAAUAACUGAUAAAUAUUUAUAAAAUAAUGAAUUUGGACCACAGGCUUUCUUCACCUUGUACAGUAGACUGAAAAAUCAUGUCCUAUAAUUUUGGGGCUCCUUUUUUUUUUUUUUUUUUUCCUGUUUUUCAAAAUGUAUGUUCUCUAUUGCAUCAAAUGGAUUUGAAAGAAAAUGCUUUGUGCCUUUUGUUUGUUUUUAAACAUGUCUCUGUGAUAGUAAAGAAUUGUGUUUCUAGUUAGUUCUGUUGUCACUGUUAAAUGGCAGAGGACGCUGCUGGCAGAGGGAAGCAGAAGGGAGCACACAGAGUCUCAGAAUCCUGUGAACUGGGGAACCCUCCCAGCCUGCUCAUGCCCACCCUUGGAGGUGCAUCUCGAGAUGCCCAUUUGUUGUAGCAGUGCAGCGGCGGAUGCGCAGGGCCUGAUUGUCAGGGGUCUGUGUAUCUCUGCCACGCCCCUUCCUGUACCCUUUCCCAAGUGUAAAUGGUACUGCAAGCUUAUGCACAGUGUUUCCCAGGCAACACAGAAUUGCCCUUUGGGGAGCAGCAACGCGGUAGGGAUCGCACAUGCAUGCCUUCUGUACUUGGCCCAGGCUGGGUGCUUGCACUGUUAUGCUGUGGACCCAGACACGUCCGAAGUUUCUUUUCAGGCUGUGGAAAAGCCCUUUCAAGCUUGUCAGGAAAUAAUCUCCCUGUAUUUGGGAGGGUAUGGGGUGUAAAAAACAUUUAACAGUGCUUGGAUGGAGGCUGCCACCUGGUCUUUCAAUGGUAUUUAUGACCUUACUGCAGUUCACUGUUUAAAAUUGCCAUAAUCAUUGUCUUGGCUUUCAAAAAUACUAAUAGAGUUUAUAGGUUUUAGAGCAAUAGAGUGACUUUGAAGUAAAAAUAUAACCAUUCUUUCUUGGCAUUUCAAUUAUGAUUGAAAUACUUCUAAUUCCAAUUUUGAAAAAAUGUUGAGCAUGUUUAGGGUGUUACAGUAGCACUGCUAAUAUGCCGCUUGCCCAUUCCUGAGGCAUUGGAAGAGAGGUGUACAUCUGGGCUUAGCACAUGCUAAAUACAUUAAGGGGGUGUGUUGUAGUCAGAGUCGGUAGGGAAGGCACCUUGCUUCCUGAAGCCGACUUCAGCUCCAUGAUCUAUAGAGAAUAAACUGGUCAUUUGGAGGCUUUUAAGUCUAGGGCCACUUCCUACCUUGUAACUUGAAACCUACUUGUAACUCACCCUGUCGACAAGCAAGCACCUAGGACAGAAACAGCUCGCUGCAUCCUGGCUGGCUUGCGGUCAGAUUCAUGAGGUGAAUGCCUUAGAUCUCUUGGCUCUGAAGGACUGGAAACAACACUGGAGAAGGUUAAACCUGAGGUUAAACCUGCAGCUUUGACUCUGGGUCUCCAAGUUAGCCAGAAACAUGCAGAUGCAGGGAUGGCGUUGGUUCUGGGGUGCUUGUGCUCUGGAUGCUCUCAUCAUUACUUCUGGAUUUGAUCAAGCCCUCUUUAGGAACUCUGUGACGACAGACCAGAAUUGUCUUUGUCCAAUGACAACAUGCCCUAUCUUGAACACUCACUGUGGGUGAGUGAUCUUACUACAGUUCGCUGCCCUAUGCCAGCCUUUCAGGAAGGAUGGUAAGCCAGCAUGCCGCAUUGAAGUACUGUGCAUUUAACGAGACAGCCUAAGAGUCAAGUGGUGUUAAUCACUGCAAAACUUGAUGUGUGAGGCUCUAGGAAUUUUAAAAAGCCAGCGUAAAUUUCUGCUUUUCCUUUAUUAAAUAUGUAACCUAGUGGCUUGUACAUAUUAGAUGUCUUGUUUUUGUUUCUAAAUCGUCUACAAAUGGCUGACAUCACAGCAGGUGGUGUGUGGUGAAUUGUGGAGUCCAGAGAGAGAGAGAGAGAUGUGUCUGUGAUGAGCGUGGGAAUUGGACUUGCUGGCUGAUUUAUUUCUACUGUUUUACAAACUAAAUGUAACUUACUCUCUAACCUGCAUGUUAGUAGUGUGCAUUGCUGAGAGAGCAGGCCAGCUGGUUACCGUCUGUCUGUCUUUUAAGCAGGAAUAUAUUCUUUUUAUAGCUGUCUGUUGAGCUCACAUUUAGAGUAGCAGAAGGAAUUUUGACGUUUGCAGCCCUCCACAGGCAGCCUGAACAAGGUUUGUUCAUUCAGUGAGGAAGGCUGGGUUCCCCAGAUGGAAAGAAAGCGCUACACAAGCAUUUUAGAGUAUUCAACAAGGGCUUGUCUCUAGGAAAAUACCUGUGGGCGGAACAGAAAGGUAGCUCUGGGCUUUUAGAUUAUUGUCUUCCCUUUCAGCUGGACAAAGUCAGAGUCCGGCUGCUUUUAUGGCAGUUGGACCAUGACCAUUGAGAGUCUAAAACAGGACCAGAAGCCAUUGCCCUUUCAGCAGCACUAAAACGGAGAUCAGAGAUGGUGGUGAGGCCAGGGAAUGGCCAGUGAGUGCUAUGGGUCUUUUCUUUCACGUGGGUAAGAUCUUUAAGCAGUUUCAGGGCCACUGAGUUGGCUGGCUUGCUUGCUUGCUUGUUGUAGACAGAAGUAAUCCUCUAUGAACCCUCGACUGAGAUCCCUGGUCAGCACACAGGCUGUGGGGUGGCCUGCUUUCACUUGGCUGCAUCACUGACCUGUUACUCAGCAGCAGUGAGCAUCAGAGCUGCUUGCCAACUUGACUGUCACGUUAUCAGUUGGAUAUCCUCAUCAGCGCAGCCAUUCCAGGGACAAAGACUCAGUUGUGUAUGUGAUUAGCUCAUUCAGAAUGUCCCAAGAAAGCAGAAUUCAGCAUUGAACUCAGAAUUUCAGCUAAAAAACAAAAUCUUCCCCCCUUUUGGGCAGAGUGGAAGACAAUAAUGACCAAGGUAUUCAGGAAUCCACGUGUCCCUUCUCUUCCUGCCUAAGGGUGGUAACUGAAUAGUAACUGAAGAAAAAUAAAGUACUGCUUUUGUGGGUAAGGCUUCAUGUUCUAUGCUAAGAACAGGAGGCAGGGGCUGUGUGGCUGGGGUUUAAUUUGGUGCCUUUAUGGAUAGACUUUUUGUAGUCUUCUGAAGCAAGACUAUAAUUUCUUCCUAGAUACUUAAAAACCACCACUAAAGCAGGUGGGGUAUGUUUGCCACAAAGAAUGAAAAGAUACCAGAGAUGAAGAAAAAGGACAUAAAAUGACUCCCCUUUCGGGUACUUUUAAUUGUAGUUGGCCUGCAUAGGACUUUCGGUGUUAAGGUAGCAUUUGUUUACUCUGCUUCCAUGUGCUCGGCAUAUUUACAUGUUUACUAUGUACACCUGUUCUCUAUGUAUGUAUGAUAGACGGUAUCUAAUGGACUUUACUCUUGAUUAUCAGCCAGGUGGCAACCCUCAUUAGCCUGUUGUUUUGUGUGGACUUGGUGUGCCCAUGACCCACAUGGAAAGCCACUUCCUCACCGGGAGCUGUAACCUUUCCCCUCCAGGUCAUCUCAGCCUUGAGAAAGCCUUCACAGUAAAUGACAUUCCACUUCCCUUUCACCAGGGAACUCCGAGCCAGAAAGGCUGGUUUCAAUAAUGCUGGCUAUUAUCUCCGGGGUUGAGGUUUCUGGGUCGGCCCGGCCCUCUCUGGACUGGGAGGCAGCUUGGGAGCUGUGUGCUGUGGACUCCAUCUGGGAGAUUCUUGACCUUGCUGAAGCAGAGCUUUGCCCUUGCUUCACUUUACUGGAGUGUGGCAAGGCUUGUGAUUCGAUGUAGACUAGAAUACUCUGGGUAGUCUGAAUGGGGGAUUUGCAUUAUCUGUGUUACUGUUCCCUGUCAUUAGUCCAUAUAAUCGAGGCCUGUUUCUUGUCACCGGAUUCUAGACCUUUCAACUGGAUUUAUGUUUGUGUCUGCUGCUAUG